AUGACUAACUUCUUGACAAUAAAAUGGAGAAAAAUAAAAUACAAGUAUAUGGCAACGAAAUUGAAAAUUGCAAAACGGGAUGAAGAUGAUGAUAAAAUUGAACAAAAAAUAUAUAAUAAUUUAAAUGUAAAUAAUUUUGAAUAUAUAUUAAAAUCUAUACAAGAAUCAAAACAAAAAAAUAGAAUUAAAAAAUGUAAUAGUCUAGAUAGAUAUAUAUCAUUUUUAUUAAGAAAAAAUAAAUUAAAUAAAGAAAAUUAUAAAUAUAAAAGAAAUAUAUUACAAGUUCAUUUAUUAGCUAUAGGUUGUGAAUUAGUUAAAAUUAUAGGAGAUGGAAAUUGUUUAUUUAGAUCUAUUUCAUAUAAUUUAUUUGGAAAACAAAUAUAUCAUAUGUAUAUUCGUCAAGCAUGUGUUGAAUAUAUGCUAAACUAUAAAGAUGAAUAUUCUAUAUAUUUUGAAGAAGGGGAUUUUAAUAAAUAUAUAAAAAAUAUGUUAAAUGAUGGGUAUUGGGGUGAUGAACUAUGUAUUAAAGCCAUAGCUGAUACUUUUGAUUGUGUUGUAUAUAUAAUAACAUCAAAUCCUGAUAAAUGGUUAUUAAAAUAUGAACCAAAAUAUAAAACUAAUCAUCAACCCAAGAAAUGCGUUUUUUUGGCUUAUUCAUGCCCUAUUCAUUAUGACUCUCUCAAAUUAAUAAAAUUGUAA